AUGGCCGCGGUUGCAAUGGUGAUGGAAGAGGAGAAGGAGCACGGCGGCGGCUUUGCAUUGGACGAGAGGGGCGGCGAUGAACUUGCAGCUGCAGGGAGGGGCAUCGGAGAAGAAGAGCUGCUUUCCUUCAUCAUCGCAGGGCUAGAUAUGGACUAUCAGCCCAUCAUAUCCGCCCUUAACGUCCGCACCGACCCGGUCUCCGUCGACGAGCCGUUUGCCAUGGUGGCGAACUUCGACCAACGCGUCGAGCUCUUCCACGGCUCUGGAGCAGGAGGCUUCAAAUCCUCGGCCAACAUGGCUGCGAGGAAUCAUGGUGGCGGUGGCAAGGGCAAUAACCUUGGCUCGCCCAAACCCACCAAUGGUGAUGGCGGGUAUCGCGGUGGUGGCAGCAACAGCAAUGGCAGUGGUGGGAACACCAACAGCAACUACAACAAUGGCGGUGGCGGUUCCUUCUACAACAACAGCAACAACCACGGACGCCCCUUCUACAACAACAAUCAGGGGCAUCAGCGUGGAUACGGUGGUGGCUACGGUGGUAACUAUGGCGGCGGCAACAACUUUCAAGAUACGGGCGCCACCGAGCAUAUCACCCCGGACAUGGAGAGGAUGACCAUGCAAGAGAAGUAUCAUGGCCAUGAUCAAAUCAACACCGCAGCAAAUGGUCAAGGAUUAGGCCACGCGGAGGGUUCUCUAUUGCGGUAG